AUGCUGCUAACACCAAUUUCACCAUGCAAGAGCGCCACCAGUUGCUUGCAAAUCGCCAGCCCCAGACCAGUACCACCAUAUUUGCGGGUGGUAGAGCGGUCUGCCUGGGCGAAGGACUCAAACACGUUCGCCACCGCAUCUACCGACAUGCCUAUGCCGGUGUCACUGACGUCAAAACGUAGUUUGAGCAUGCUGUCAGCCUGCUCAUGA